AAAGACACAAUCCGAACUCAGGAGACCACCGCUGAUCGGCGAUGUUGGGGUUGGUGCUUAUAAACCGCCUCGCGUACAGAACCUCGCGCCGGCGAAGGAGACCACCGCUCUCCGGCGAUCCUGAUGGGCCAUCGAGGAUGCCUCUCCUUUUAUACCCGGGCUCUUAAACCCGUCUCCCACGCUAUCUCAUGGAAGCCGACGGGGAGGCCGCAGCAAACCCUAGCCUCGGACGUGUCGCGAUCAGGGACGGGCCUCCACUCCGGCACCUCCACGACCGCGCGGCUCCUCCCGGCGAUGGCCGGCGAGGGGCGGUAUUUCGUCUCCGGGCCCCGCCGGGCGAGGAUCCCCGCCACGAUCGACCACGCCAUGGACUCCCCCCUCUGCACCACUCUCUGCGGCGAUGGGGCGAGGGUCCGGACCGUCGAGCACCUCCUGUCGGCUCUGGAGGCGUGCGGGGUCGAUAACUGCCGCAUCGAGAUUGAAGGCGGAGACGAGAUCCCUAUGUUAGAUGGUUCGGCGAAAGGAUGGGUUGAGGCGAUAGAACAAGCCGGUUUGUGUGCUGCGGAGGAUUCCAGUGGCCAUAAUAUGGAUAAACUAGCACCCGAGCUGCAUGAGCCCAUGUAUUUAAGGAGGAACGAUUCUUUUGUAACUGCCUUCCCCUCCUCAAAUGUUCAGAUCACUUAUGGAAUAGAUUUUCCGAAGGUGCCAGCUAUUGGUUGUCAGUGGUUCUCUUGUUUCUUGAAUGCCUCUAUAUACUUGAAGGAAAUAGCUUCUUCAAGAACAUUUUGCAUAUAUGAGGAGGUUGAAAGAAUGCGCAAUGCUGGGUUGAUUCAAGGAGGAUCAGCUGAAAAUGCCAUUGUUUGCAGUGCCAGUGCUGGUUGGUUAAAUCCACCACUACGUUUUCAUGAUGAACCUUGCCGCCACAAAGUUUUAGAUCUUGUGGGGGACUUUUCUCUCUUUGCACAAAAUGGUAACCAAGGGCUUUUGCUUGCACAUAUAAUUGCAUAUAAGGCUGGUCAUUCGCUGCAUACUGAAUUUGUGCGAAGCCUAUUGAAGAUUUGUUGAUAAAAGUACGUCAUAAGCUCAUCUAAGGCUGCAAGUUGCUCUGAAAAUGAACUCUAUCUGCUGCCAAAAAUGGUGUACAAAAUUGUUGUACAAUAAUUUAUUUGGAUCCAUACUUGUGGAUACAUACAGGAUUGCAAAUCGUACCCCAUCCGAUGGCUCCGAUCGAGCAAGAUCUUUAUGGAAUGUAAGGAGCAGGCAUGUGAUUGUUGCUGUAAAUGUUUGAGCAUAAUAUGACUAUCUCUGAUGGCAAAAGAAGGGCUUGUGGAGCACCUUUUUUCCAUUAUUUUUUCUUUUAGUAUUUUCAGUGCAACCAUUUCUGGGCAUUAUAAAUUUGUUAUAUCAGAAGUGCUUAUGGGAAGCUAAAUCGGCAGUUUCAUUUUCAUGUGGAGAGGAAACUUGCACGAAGCCUUUAACUUCAAUUUUCAUGUCCCAAUUUGAGCUAUUGCUUAAACAUAACAUGGAGGACCUCUCAAGUGAGAAAUGGCCUGAAGUAGUGAUUUCGCCUGGCUUGCCUGUGUUUGGCUUGAUUUAAUGUCAAUUUGAUGCAAGUAUGUUUUCAUCAUUUUAUUUCUGGAAUUCGACGUGUGUUUGGCUUGACUUAUUAUUUCAAGAGAGAAGAUAAUCAUAAAUGCUUGAUGAUAAUUGAUGGAAGCUAUUCAGUGGCUAGAAAUUUUGGCAUCAAAACUAUCUACCAUCCAGUUGGUGAAGAGACUGCCAAAUCCUAAUGGAAGUACUGUAGCUUUCUCGGUACGCUAAUAGCCACAGGAACCAUUCAUGGCAGAAUGCUGUCCUGUUUUAGUGCCCAGCAUUUUCUACUGUUAUAAUGCAAUUGCUCUGCUGGGAUAAAAGGCUUCUCAGGUCUCCACUCUCCACUCAUUUGUAUGUUCCCAGCCCUUGAUAAAAAACACCCCACAUAGUUCUUUCCUCGAGGGAAAGACGAGAAGUGCACCAUCUAAAAGCGGGAGGAUGUUUUAACAAGUUAUAUAGCUGAAAAAUAACCAGACAGAGGGUCACGGAGCAUCAUCCUUUCAUGUGCAUUGCAUGUGCCCAAAAAGGUUCACAGUAUAUAGACAGUUGAAGCCAAAGAUAAGCAUUCUUUUCUUCUAUGUCAAUCCUUCUAUAAAAUAAUAGCAUUUGUGGUUUGUCUCUUGUUUAUACUUUAGCAUGGAGAUCUUAACUAGGUCAUCCAUCUGUUCUUGAAAUGUGCAAGAAGUUGUUUCUAUGGCAGGAAGUUAAGUGAGUUUGCACAUCUCAUCGAAACUUUAAUCAAUAUUCUUAUUUUUAAUAUUUUGUUGGAUAUAUUUAGUUUCUAUGAGUAUAAUAGAUUUAAAUUUUCUUGCUUCAUAUUUCACUAUAAUUUGAAUAGAUAUUGAUAUAAUACUGGAUUUUUCUAAUAUGUCUGUCUAUUUCCUCUUCCUAUUGAUCAUUGUCAUUGCCACACUGAGAAAAAAGGAUAGGUGUUGGAAAAGAAGCAGAGGGCCAUAUUAUAUGUGAUGAUUUUAAUCAUGUGGAUCCAAUUGCGACUUUGAGACCUGAAGCCUUACUUUUCUUCAGCAAUGUAGUCUGGAUGAGUUUCUUAUUCACUUGCGAAAACGACAUAAUCUAUUGGCCUUUUUCCCCAUCCCUGUAUUAGAAGAGGAUAUACCAUGUACAUAAGCAUGUCAUAUGAUAAGUUUUCUUCCGCACAUCUAUCUGAGCAAACCCCUCAAAGUUCUACCGUAGCCUGAGACUGUCAUUGCCUUGCUAAUAAAAAAAUACUAUUUAUAUUCCCAUAUCAACUAAGAUCUCUGAUUAAAUCAUCUCAUGAAAACAUCUAGAAUGCAGACAAUUGCUUAUCUAAUAUAAAGCUCGCACUUUUUCUCAUCAAACCUCAAGAUUUCCAUUGUUUGUGCUAACUCACUCAUUUAAUUUAGAUACUGCAAAAAUCUCUCUGAAUUGAAAGUUACAAGGACGUUACCUGCAGCAAACUUAAUGUUUGUGCAUUAUAUUAACUUGAUCCUAAUUGUCCAGCAUCUCUCUUUUCUAAUCUUCAUGUGCUAGUGAUAAAACCAAUGGACGCUGCUUCAUGGAGUGUUAUUUGCUUAUCUGAUUCUGUUCAGCGAAAAAUCUGAUUCUUCAUGGAGUAGAAUAUGCAAAUUAAGAGGUCAUUUAAGUUGAGAUGCAAUGCUUCUAUGCAAAUCCCAACAGAAUCUUCUCUCACAUUCAACCCUAGAGAAUUUUAUGAAAGAGACACUCUUUUCAUUAAUGUGCACUCAUAUAAUAUUCUGUAUACAUGUUGUUUGGACAUAUGACCCUUCUUUCUAUUUCCCUAUUUCACUCUAAGAUUGAAGAAAUCAUUACAAUUAUCCGAGAUUUGUCGCCAUUCACAUGUACUGACAGUGUUUUGCUUUGGUCUGCUAAUUAUGCUUCACAUUGUUGGCUGAGUCUAUUAAAAAGAAGGCACUAUUAGUUACAGAUAUUAGUUUUCAUGGGAGUGAGACGAGAGACAUGCAAAGGUUUUGGAUGCUUGAGGUCACAGGGCCCAUCAACUUCUUCCAGUCAUCCCAAAAUCUGGGGCCUUUGCUUCUCAUGAAAGCGAUGCCCCCCGCAAAGCACUUAUUCUCCAGCAUAUUAUCUCAUCUCUGUCAUCCCUGAAGGCAGUUCAGUCUCUUUUUCAGUGGCGCCGUAAUCCCUUUUAGAUGGUGACCUGCAUGUGCCUUUGUAUACAUUGAUGUGUGUGUGUGAGAGAGAUAGUUAUGCUAUGAUAACUAGAUACCAUCAUGGACAUGCAUCAAACGAUCAGGAUGUAUUGUCUAAAGCAUAAUAUUUUAUGCACUAAUAAGAAUGUGAAAGGUUAUACUCCA